CACCAAGAAGUGGUGCCCGCCCCGGCAGUCAAGCCGGUUUCUCCGACGGCGCGGAUGGCCUCUCGACAGCGGGCCGCAAAGAUCAAAGCCGCGGCGAACUUCCUGCAUUUGAGGGGACGAGGGGGUGCAGGUGCUGGGAAGCAGGGGGACGGAAACGCCGCGAGCGGACCGGCAACAAGUGUAGGCAAGACGACGAGUGCGAGCGGUAGUGGAAGUGGUGAUAGGAAAGUUCUUCCUGCACAGGAGCAAGAACGCGCAGCCGGCGCAUCGCGACGAUCUGUCGCUCCACCUGGAAGUAGUGCAUCUUCUACUUCUACCAGCGCCACAACUGCAAGUGGGACAGCAGGUACUAGUGGCAUGAUGAAAGGUAAGCAAGCCGCUGCCGCUGGCGCAUCAUCAUCAAGUAGAGCAGCAGCCUCGUCCUAUGCCAGUGGAUACCAAGUAUUACGAAACACGACCAGUGGCGCAAGACAGAGCGCGGCUUACUACUUGGAGCAACAGAACAAGAAAUUGCAAUACCAGGAGGGCCAGAAGGUAGUAACAGAAAGAAGCACUGCUCCCCCUGAUGUUAACUACCUCGGAACUACAUCUAGUUCCGGUUAUUUUCCAACGGCCUCAGGUACGAUUGGAACCAGCGGAGGCGUGGUGGCUGAGUAUAGCGAUAAUUCCAACACGGCCGCCAACAAUUACGCGUAUACUGUCGGAGGUACGACUAGCGAGGCGUAUGGAGCAGCUGCGGGAUCAUCAGCAUCUGCAUCUUCGACCACCACAGCUGCUGAUCACUACGCAGCGCACGCUGCAUACUACGGCGAAGCAACUUCUACGACACCUCCUGCAACUGCUGGCGCAGUAGCCUCAGGAGGAACUGACGUAGGAACCAUAAACGGAACAAACGAAACUUCUAGCGCGGCCUAUGGUACAACUGCAAGAGCUGCGCCGUACGCAUACGAGCAUUAUGACACUGCAGCUGGAGCUCAGUACAGCUACAGCGCUAACGUUACCGAUGGUGGUUUGGAAAAUGCUUAUGCACCCCCAACUUCUGAGCAGGGUCGUGGAGGGUACAACUACAAUCAGCACAGCUACGAGUUGUAUGGCGGUGCGUAUGACGCUUCCUUCACAGCUGCAAGUAGUCCAGCGAGUGCAACUUACUCGACCACACUGUUGAACGGAUCUGCAACAGAUCAGCUUCCGCCCACAGCAGCAGCUGCGGUUUCCCCAGGGGCGGAAAAGGAAGAGCGAAACAAGCCUGGGUCAUCUUUUUCUCCCCCGAUCAUGGGCACCAGCGUCAUCAAUUUCACCUACGAGCAAAACCGCAGCACCGACGCCGACCGGGCAGUCGCGGAGUCUCUGGCUGCGGGCGGAGAUGAUGCUGAUGCUGUGCCUGUCCGUGCUCACAGCACUGCAGUCGAGCAAGAUGAUCUACUGGGAGCCACGAUAAAUAUCUCUGACGAAACGAAGGCGAAGGAUAUGAUCGAAAAAAGGAUGUCGCCGGGUGAGGAACUACUCCUACAGCAGGAAACGGGGUCACUCUUUGACAACGACCAGGAGCAGGUCACGGUGGAGCUGAACAAUGAGGACGAGAGCACGAAGAUGUCGCAGCCGAUUGGCUUGGUAAACGUGGAUAUGAAGGAGACUCUUCCAGGUGGUUCUAGUGGCCAAACAACGGAUCCCCUAAGUACAACAAGAACGGCGAAAAUAACCAAAUCCCUUGCGACGACCGCGGAAGCGCAACUGUCUUCGCUAAUCAUCUCCCCGCCGGGGAAAACCCGCGUGACCACCGGGGACAUUCGGUUAUGGAUUGCAAAAAUGUCUGGGUCUGGGAGAUUGCAACUUGUCGUGCUGUCUUUGGAUUCCAAAAAAAUCUGUAUUGCGUGACCAGCAACAGGAAUCCAGUUUGUGUCACGCGGAGAGCGAAAUUCUCAUGCGGAAUAGACAUCAGGAAGCCCUCUAAAAAUCUGCGAUGCUAGAUCAUGCAUUGCAUGCGCCAUGGAUCAUACAAAAUAUGCAUCACAAACCCCGGAAUCUUCCAGACCCAGACACUUUCGCAAUCCAUAUCGGUGGCUCGCGCACGAAGCUGAUCCCGACUUCGACGAUACUCUGCACGCAGAUGAGAUGCAGAACAACACCAGCACAGGAGAUUUUUAUGCAGCUGCCGCAACUAUGACCGCCUCCGCGUCCGCAGAGAGUCAGAGUCUUGCGAAAAGAUCUUCGGCCGAUGGGCGCGCGCCCGCUCGUCAGUGGGAUGAAGAUAGCAUACCCUUCAGUGCCGCCACCGCAGCUCCGUUCGGCUCCUAUAGGACGAACCGUGGGUCGCUGGGCAGCACCGGUGGCCUGCUGGUCUCCAACAGUCCCUCGGCCGCUGCGAUUGCGAGAAAUUCCAUCAUCCAGGAAAAAGACAAACUACGCAGCGAUACGGGCAUGCUGUUGCACCCCUACUGGCCACGAGCGGAGCAGGCCUUGGGUAAGGAUGAAGAUGCUGCAACGAAUAGCGGUUUGAAUUUGGUGCCUACUGCUGCUCCUGGAGCGCCGACAUCAUCGUCUUCAAGAAAAGUAUUUGCGCGUAUGAGCCCAGAGGAGAUCCAGGCACGGUUGGAAGCGGUGGAGCGGGAUUUGCUCCAAUCAAACGACUUGUUGCAACUCCACCUCCCGACCGAGGACCCGCACCACUUGGAAGUGCCGGAGGAAGGUCAUCACCACGACGAGGAGCGGGAGCACAGGGAGCGGCAGACCGAGAGCAAACAGAUCGAGUUACAUAUUACAAUGAAAAAUGCCCCCACCCCCGAACUUGGGAGUAUUUGCAUUGCAAACCUUUCCAAAAAAAACACUCGCCCUCUUGCAUCUAUCAGCAUCACAGAUUUCCAAUCGUGAAUAGCAAAAACCACUUGUAUUGCAAACGAUCCCAGCAAGAGCGGCGCUUGUCGUGCAAGCGAUGCGAUAUACGCCUAGACCCUGCAUUAGAAAGAUUCAUACUCCUUUCAUGCAUGACAAAAAGUUUUCCUUUGGAAACUUCGCAUCACAAAUUUUUGCGACUGUGGGGGUGGGGGCAUUUUUAACUGCAAUAUUACAGCGGCUGCAGGCCGAGGCGUCAUGGAACGUGGAAAAGAAGAUAUCAUGUGUAAAAACGUCCCCGCCCCAGAGUUGUCAUGCAGAUUUGCACUGACAGGCACAUUUGUAAUGCGCAUCUCCAUGAGCGGAAUUUCUAGUCGUGUUUUGGCUUUUGUAAUGCUGUAACCAGGAUAAGCAGAUGGAUUUGUGAUGCGUUAGCCCUUGCUAACCUGCACUACAGUACGGGCUUGAACUUGUGAUGCAUGAGUCCCAAAACUUCUACGUUUGUGUUGCAAAAUCCUCAUCUUGACUCUGGUGUGGGGACGUUUUUGCUCAGGAUACAAGAGACUGGAGAAUUACCUGAAUACCCUGAAAGGCGAGCUCGGGCGGAUUCGGGAGGCAGCUGGGGUGGGGGUGGCUACCGCUAGCGGUACCGCUCCAGCAGCAGCAGCUGCAGCUUCUGGAGAAGGAAUAGCCGCAGGGACGGCAGGAACUCCUGUGGGCACGAAGGAAACGGAUUCCGCAGGAGCUGAGGAACAGCCGAAUCCGAUGAUGAAAGACCGUACUAUCGGCAUUGCGGGGAGCGAACAAGCAUCUGGUGAACCGGUUGAAGGGCUACGAGAACAUCAACGAAAUCAAGGAGCAGAAACUGAAACCACAUCGACGUCACCAGCAAGCAAGCAGUUUGCGCGCUCAACCGGAAGGGUGACUGGCAAUCAAGAUGGAGUUACUAACUCUCAUGCGGGUCCUCGGCCCGGAGAAGUGUUGGAAUUUGGUGCAGCAGCUUCUGCGAGCCAGGAUGGUCCAGUGGUGACGACGACGUCAAGCACGAGCAUCUCGCCGCCACGAGGCGUGCACGUGUCAAGAAACAGCUUACGAAUGGUGAAUCGCGCAGGUAAGGUGAAGGACUCUAUUUUGCUUGCGUGUUAACUAUAUCACACCCGCUGGCGCUGCCAUUGAGUCACCACGAUCACGGAUCCCACCUCCGACGAUGUUGUAGCUUAUUUUUGAUGCGGUCACCGUCGGGACAGGCACAGGCUGCGUGUGUAUUUUCUUGCAAAUGUAACCAAGUUUUCCUUUUCACGUAGGUCGUUGAUCAUCCAUGAACCUGCAUCAAAUUCAAUUUAGGUACAGCCUCCACCUUUGGUCUGCAGGCACCGUCGCCGGUCCAGCUAGACCUUCCGCCCGGAGUUUAUUCGCUAGCAUCAAAUGUAGUUGCUGACACAAGAACUACAGCCUUGAAUUCUUUUUAUCUUCCAGCAGCGCUAGAGGAUCUCGCGCCACGUCGUCGGAGCAGCUCCACCCAGAGAUCCAGGUCUUCCAUUUCGCCAAUGGUGCGACCGACUACAGUCUCAACAACAACAGCAAACCACCCGGGUCACAGUAGUCUCUCACCAAGCAACGGCACCAACCCAAACCACUUCGGCGUUCCCAACGCUAGUCUUCCCCCGUUGAUGAUGGGAGGAAAUACUACAACUACAUCGUCUACUAGUACCCGCCUGACACCAGGAGCCUCACUGCUGGUGAUGCAAGGCGACUCGAAAGCAGACGGGACCACAGGAGAUACUGUGUGGGGGCAUUCGCCCGUAGCACAGGGUAUGAUCUUUUCGAGCACCAGGAUGGACAAACGCACUCUGUUGCAGAACUCCCGGGCCGCGACGUCGCCGGCGUUGGUGCCUCGCCAGUCUAGCCCGCCGAGGCGCAAGGAGCCAGCUUUGCAGACAAGGAAUUCGCUGCUCUCUUUCAGUGGGCCAAGCAGCGCAAGCAUAAAGUUGUUGGGUGGUAGACGAGAGCAGGAGGACACGACGGUAUGAGUGUUUUUUUGCUCGUCUUGCUUUUGGGUCAAGAAUCUGAUCAUCAUGAUAGAUUUACUUACAUGCUGGGCAUUGAUCACGUUGACAAACAUGCAUUUUUUGUGAUUUCAUUUGCAAUUGCAACUUAUUCCUGAAGCUGAAAUCAACCACUUACGUACAAAAGGGCUUCCCAACGCACGACCGCGAGCCGCAGAUGCUAAACGUAAACCUUUAUCCGGCGCAGAAGUCGCCCCUAUUGCCGCCGCAACCGGCGACGCGUCCGCAGAGGAAAAUGGGGAUAAGCAUAAAAAACCAGACGGGAAGUACAAGUCCUCUCAGUGGGCGAGCUAGCGAGCUUUACAUGGACGGGACCCCGGUGCGGCUGCUCGGACUGUCCUUGUACGAGGAUGAACAGUAUGUGUAGCGAAAAGUCAUCAAUAAAAUGAUCAAGAGUAAUUGCCUGGCUGUACUUCUUUGAAUUUCAAUUCAUUUUCAAGUGCACCUUCAAUAAAAUAAAAUAUUUUGUUUGAGAACUUUGCUAAACUCGAAUGGAAAAUAAACCUGCUCGUCGCUACUGCUGUCUGAGCUUUUUACCACAUACUAAAUGUUACACACCACUAAAAUGGAACGGAUGCACAUGCUUCUACUCCUCGUUGCAAUCGAAGGUAGAAGAUAUGGCCUUUAAUUAUCAUUGCAGAUGGUUUUUUCUUCAGUUUCACCCACACAUAUAAUCAUUUGUAAAAUAAAGUUGUCAAACUCAAACAUGUGUGAGAGAGCCGACAACAUCUCCCUGCUGCGGCCCAGAUGCAACAUUGCAGCAAGGAGCUUUCUGUCGCAGUUUUUUUG